CUGGAAAUUCAACAGUUUUCAUCGCCAAUUCAACUUUUGCCACACUUUCCAGUGGCGCCAGGUAUCGUACCUGCACUGUCGUACAGUGGUACUAGUACCGCUGCCAGAUCUUGAGUGAGUGGAGUACCUCUCUGGCUUGCUAGCCUGGGUCGCAACAGUAGACUAGACUAGCUAGCAGUGCCUGAACUGUCAUGGAGCCGGUGGAGCCGCGGAGCACAGGAGCCAGAGUUGUCCAACGGCCGGUCGUGCAGUGGCUACAUGUACAGGAUUGUGAACGCGUGUGAAAAUAAUAUGUGGAGUACUCCAACGGUCAAAGAUUUCUUUCGGUUGUACUAGUAUGUGUGUGAAGUUGAAAGUGCUCCUCUUUGUCCAAACCUUUUUCACAAUUUCUUCAACUUGCUUUGGAUUCAAUCAUUCGAUUCUUGCUCGAUUCUUUUGAGCUGGAAGAAAAAGAAGAAAAAGCAUGCACUUCACAACUGCUGCUCUUCUCGCAGCCGUCGGCGUCUUCACGGCCAGGGCUCAGGACCAACCUACCUGUGAAAUAAACCAUAUCCCGGUUAACGAAGAUGAUUUUGGAGAACCCGCCUGGGAGACCAUUAUUGAGGAAGCCUUCCCAACAUGGGAAGUUCCAGACGCGGGUUGCCCCCGCCUUGGUAGCGUGGGUGGGGAACUUUUAUCUGAUUUUGGCGUAUUUCCGACUCCAGAAGAAGAGAAGUUCAAUCCGUGUUAUUACACGAAGGCUUUUGCUGGACUUGACCCGUCGAAGGGUGGAUACCCGACUCCCAUCGACACUCACUACCCCUAUGAGUUCGCGGCUCCAUUCCUCCGACAGCCAGGAGAUGGUUCCACCCACCAUUGCCCAUCUGAUGCUGUGAACAUUGCCGAAUGCCCAAAAGUGGGUAAUGAUUGUGGUGAGCCAGACUGUGCAACUAUCAGUGACGAGUAUGGGAUUGGACACAUACCGCCUUUCGUCCCUCUCGCUGCCAUCAAAAAUGCUUACAACGCCUGUGAGCAGGACGUGUGCUCUUGGUUUCACUACGAGACCAGCGGGUGCAACAUCAAGAAGUCUGUGUUGGACGAGCUUGUAUACGAAUACUUUGGACAGGGCGAAAAGAUCAAGUACCAGCCGCCAAUCCUUCUCGAUGGCCAGCCCAGCAGCACGUACUUCCGAUUAGAAUACGGCGGAGAAUCGCCAGCUUGCGACGAAGGCAAUUGCCGUGGUCCACACUAUUGCUCCGUAGAUGUUGCCGAUUCUGGAGUAAUCUGGGGGGAUUUCUGCCCUUACGUUCACACUGGCGAAAACUCGGGCAAGUACCGCCACCCGCAUAUUGCAUUAGCGGCACUGGAGCUGUGGAUCGCAAACAAGUGCAUGCCAGAUAAGUGUCCGACUGCAUGGCUGGAGAGCCCUAAUGGUCAGGGAUACGGAACAGACAGCAAGCUCUCCACUUCUAUCACGUGGUCUGAGAUGGACGACAAUAAGAACCCCAUCGCCCAGCCUUUGGUUCCAUACGAAUGGCCCAAUGCAGGGAAUGGUAUCUUUCCAGGCCACGAGCUUUACAAUGGUAUGCGUUCUAAGCCCGCUCCUGGUGUUUAUGUGAACGAAGUUGUUGAGAUCCUAGAACCCGCACCCACUGAGGCCGGCGGCGUAGCAGAGGCCAGCAGCGUAGGACGGAAUUCUGUCAAGUUGACCUUUGCCAUAGCUGUUCUUGGCACCAUUGAUAUCUUUGCCUUCUAACUUUCUCAGGCUUUUGGGUCUGGUGGAGUUCAUUAUUCUCCGGUUGUUGACCCAAUUGAAUGUCUUCAGGGCUAUAUGUUUCUUCUGUUUCAAAGCUGACAAGAUCAUAGGCUGAAUGAAGAUGAUAUCAUCUUGCGUUUUGUUGUGCACUAUUGCUCGUUGGUAUGAUUAAAAGAUUACUGCUUAUAACUGCAAUUACCAUUACC